CCCUCUUCCCUCGCCUUCUGCUGACGCUGACGUCGGAUGAGGGAGCUGGAGGGACGCUCCGACCACGGCCCGGAGGCUGCUGGGGGCCGGGGCUCCGAGUAGAAAAAGAAGAAGAAAACAUGUCAGGACACAAAUGCAGUUACCCCUGGGACUUACAGGAUCGCUAUGCUCAGGAUAAGUCCGUCGUAAACAAGAUGCAGCAGAAGUACUGGGAAACGAAGCAGGCCUUCAUCAAAGCCACGGGGAAGAAGGAAGACGAGCACGUUGUGGCCUCUGACGCGGACCUGGAUGCCAAGCUGGAGCUGUUUCAUUCAAUUCAGAGAACCUGUUUGGACUUGUCUAAAGCAAUUGUACUCUAUCAAAAGAGAAUAUGCUCCUUGUCUCAAGAAGAAAACGAACUGGGGAAAUUUCUCCGAUCCCAAGGCUUCCAAGAUAAAACCAGAGCAGGAAAAAUGAUGCAGGCGACAGGAAAGGCCCUCUGCUUUUCUUCCCAGCAAAGGUUGGCCUUGCGAAAUCCUCUGUGUCGAUUUCACCAAGAAGUGGAGACUUUUCGGCAUCGGGCCAUCUCGGACACUUGGCUGACGGUGAACCGCAUGGAGCAGUGCCGGACGGAAUACAGAGGGGCAUUAUUAUGGAUGAAGGACGUGUCACAGGAGCUUGAUCCAGACCUCUACAAGCAAAUGGAGAAGUUCAGGAAGGUCCAAGCACAAGUACGCCUUGCCAAAAAGAGCUUUGACAAAUUGAAGAUGGACGUGUGUCAAAAAGUGGAUCUCCUCGGAGCUAGCAGAUGCAAUCUCCUGUCUCAUAUGCUAGCAACAUACCAGACCACUCUGCUUCAUUUUUGGGAGAAAACUUCUCACACUAUGGCAGCCAUCCAUGAGAGCUUCAAAGGUUAUCAACCAUAUGAAUUCACUACACUGAAGAGUUUACAAGACCCUGUGAAAAAACUGGCAGAGAAGGAAGGAAGGAAGAAGACGGCCCAGCGGGAGCGCCCCGAGGCCACAGCGGAGGAGCCCAGUCAGUUAAUUUCAUUAGAGGAAGAAAACCAGCACAAGGAAUCCUCCAGUUUUAAGACGGAAGAAGGAAAAGGUGUUUUCUCUGCCUUAGACAAAAGCUCGACACAGAAUGCAUGCUCAGAUGAACUGUUAAACAUGAAACCCGAGGAAGGUGCUUCCCUGGGCCCGAUGGCUGGGAACGCGGAACCAGAAGGUGCUGACAGAGAUGACCUGCUGCUGCUCAGUGAGAUCUUCAGUGCGUCCUCCCUGGAAGAGAGCGAGUUCAGCAAGGAGUGGGCGGCCGUGUUCGGAGACAGUCAGCGGAAGGAGCCAGCGCCCGCCGCGGCCCCGGCGGAGCCAGACCUCAAGCCCCAGCCGGGCUCGGGGUUCCUUCCCUCGCAGCUUUUGGACCAAAAUAUGAAAGACCUGAAAGCCUCGCUACAAGAGCCGGCCAAGGCUGCCUCGGACCUGACUGCCUGGUUCAGCCUCUUUGCCGACCUCGACCCCUUGUCGAAUCCCGACGCUGUUGGGAAGACGGAUAGAGAACACGAAUUGCUCAACGCGUGAGUCUGCGCCUCUGGAAGGAGCCACGGGCCGUCCUCAGCCUCACGCCUGGGGGCCCGCAGACGGGUCCUGCGAUCAGUAUGCUGUUUUCCUAUUUACGUGCCAUUUUAAUAAAAUGAAAGGGCCAGAGGCCCUGUUUAUAUUGGUAUGAUUAUUUACUCUUACUUGGUCUGAAGGGAUUUAGUGUAUUCUCUGUGUGGACCUAACGAUACAGGAGUGUGUCGGAGCAGUUUCCAGGCCGGCCGCUCUCCUGCCAGAAUGCCCGUCCUGGCUGCUGCCGAGCCACCGGGCUGGUCUGAGAUCCAAGUUCAAAUCGGAAGCCUACUUUGCGUUGGGUUUAUAGACGUGUCUGCAGCCGCGCAGGCAGCGGGACGCUGGCGGAACUAAAUGCGUCCUCUCUGCCCCCUGCCUCUGUCCCCUCCGAUGGAGGCCGCAGGGAGGCUCCCCUGCCCGCCCAGCCACCUUCCAGCCAGCUCUGGACGAAGCUCCAGCCGACCAAAGACACUGUCCUCGCCCCUGCCGGUGGCCCUGGGCUGUCUCCCGGCGGAGCAGUGGGCUGGGCUCCGCUGCAUGAACCUGCCUGGAAAGCAGCCGUGUCUGCAGACUCCGGCGUCUCGUGUCCUCUCUGUGGCUGCAACUCAAAAGCAUGUAUUUCCGGAGUCCCUUGUGACAUUCACUGUUGUUUUUUAAUUAAAUGAAAAAGAUA